AGCCGUCGGCAGGGGCCGUGCCCGCAGCCCUACUCGAGUCGUGACCACCAAGCAGUCGAUCGUCCGCGGCAGGCGAGCUCUCACGUCCUAGUCCGCCGAUCGCCGUACGACGAUCGCGCCACGAGCGUUUCCGUGUAACUCAAUAAUUCACAAAUUGCUCGCACCUCCCGCAUAGCCUUGCAAUAUUCAACCAUCCAGUCGAGCAGGCUUCAUGUGUCAGAAUUUUGCAAUGCGAUUUCGCGCACCGCCUCCGUAGCAGAAGGUUGCCGUGUCCAAAACAUUGCGGAUUGUGAAAUUUUACUUAAACUUUUGCAUUUGUACGUUCUAAAAUUAUGAACAUAUCAUCUGUUUGCGUCUGUUCGCUGUAACAGUAAUUUGAUAGGGAAAGUUGAUCGCGUGACCAGGUUUAUUAGUUCGUUACGAUAAGUGAUGUACUGAAUUAAUCCUGAAACUAUGCUUGCGAUGGAAUCUUUGUGGUGCGGGUCUGAAAGUGAGUUGUCGAGGCUGUGUAAGAGUUCAGCGGAGAGGUCGGAUUAUCGUCUGUGCAGAAGAAAGCCGUCCAAAAGUCUUAUUCCUCAGGGUUUGCUGCAUGCUUCGGAGUCACAGCCCAAGAGCCACAGGAGGAGGCGAUCUGGGACUUGGCCGAGAACACGAUCCCUGAACGCCCCGUCGCCCAUACAGCAGUUCGGACCAUGUGGCAGAAUAAUGAAAAACUCUGCUAUGGUAAUGCAGAUCCAGGACCCGGCGUCACAGCGGCUGACGUGGUACAAGCCGCCGCUGACGGUCCUCGUCAUCAAGAAGGUGCACGACGCCACCAUCCUCACGCCCUUCGUGCAACUCGUUCAUUGGCUGGUCCAUGACAAAAGCAUGGUAGUGUUCGUGGAAGCGGCCGUCCUAGACGAUACACUAUUAGCUGAGUACGGAGACUUCACGGCAGUCAGGGAAAGACUGAUGACCUUCCGCGCGGGAACUGAUGACCUCACGGAUAAAAUAGACUUUAUUAUAUGCCUGGGAGGAGACGGCACGUUACUCCAUGCCAGCUCUCUGUUCCAGCAAUCGGUCCCACCAGUGAUGGCUUUCCACUUGGGCUCGCUGGGUUUUCUGACGCCCUUCGAGUUCAACAACUUUCAGGACCAAGUGAUGAACGUAUUAGAAGGUCACGCAGCCCUAACACUGCGUUCCCGUCUCCAAUGCGUAGUGCUGCGCAAGAGCACAGAUAACGACAUAAAUAAAAAGAAACCCACCACCAUUCUGGUGCUAAACGAGGUUGUGGUGGACAGGGGACCCUCGCCUUACUUGUCCAAUAUAGACUUGUUCUUGGAUGGAAAACAUAUCACGUCGGUACAGGGAGACGGCCUGAUAGUGUCGACGCCGACGGGCAGCACUGCGUACGCGGUGGCGGCGGGCGCGAGCAUGAUCCACCCGUCCGUGCCCGCCAUCAUGGUCACGCCCAUCUGUCCGCACUCGCUGUCAUUCCGCCCCAUCGUGGUCCCAGCCGGGGUCGAACUCAAGAUCGCACUAUCACCGGAGGCGCGAAACGCGAUGUGGGUAUCGUUCGACGGAAGAAAUCGACAAGCAUUGCAGCACGGAGAUAGUUUAUAUGUCACGACGUCAGUCUACCCGGUGCCUUCAAUAUGUGCUCAAGAUCAGAUCUCAGAUUGGUUCGACUCUCUAGCCGAGUGUCUUCACUGGAAUGUUCGUAAAAAACAAAAGCAGAUUGACGAACUAAGUGAUAUGACGCACUCGUCCAUGGAUAACCUAGAAGAGUUAGAGAACAAUCAUCAUGAUGACCGGCCCGCGGAUACAUGACCAACAUUAAAAAAAACAGCUUGUUGGUUUUUUAUUCUUAUGCACGCAUAAGGCAUUCGCUGUGGACAGCCAUGUCUGAUGUUAUAGUGUUCAAUAUUGAACCAUUGUAUAAAUAUGAGUUUUUUGAUAGGUGUAUGGUAAGAGUCGUGUGAUUUUUGUGAUAUUGCUAUGACAUACACGUUCAAAGUAACGUAACAUUCCCUUGGACAAUAAAGUAUGAUUUGUUAUGUCUUUAAUGGGGUAUGUUCUGUUCUUGUUUCUUGAUUGAUUAAAUAUUAUUAUUUUCAAUAUAGUCGUCAAAUGUUCUAUAUGAUUUUCUUUAAUUUGAUCUGCUCAAUUUGUAUUCAUAUUGGUUAUUUUGUAUGUAUUUUGUAACUGUUUAUUAUUUAUUAUGGUAAUGUUAUAGUGACAGAUUUUAUUCAGCCUAAAGGUGCUACCAAGUUAUACACAGUGCCAAUAAUUAAUAUAAGGUUAUCUAUGGUGUUCAAUGGGAGCACAAAUGGUAGUCGUUAGUAUGUUUGUCUCAAAAUAUUCAUAAAGCAUCUGGGAUUGGAUAUUACAAAUAGGGGAAUUUGAUUAAACAUAAUAUCCAAGUUAUAUUUAUUUAAGUAUUAAAAAUUAUUCAAUUCGUGAAUACAUGCAAACAUAAAGUAAAUUUACUCUACGGUUUAUAAAAAACUUUGGUUUUCAAUUUGUUAAAUAAUAUUGUAUGUAUAUAAAAUAGAUGUUUUAUUACAAAUUAUACAAGU